GGGUUGGGUUGGGCAUCCAACCCUGGCACCGCCACGGCCACCAAAGGUCUGGAAUUCAUUCCAGACGUCGAGGAUCCUCGGAUGUGCCGGAACUCAGGUUUAACCAUUUCCCCCCUUUUCUCUCCCCUUUCCCAGGCGGUUCCGGCCCCGCCGGCGCUGAGGCCCCGCGGGCCGGGGAGGCGCCGGCGCCGCCACCACCACCACCAUGGCCACCAAGGUGCCGAUCUACCUGAAGAGGGGCAGCCGCAAGGGCAAGAAGGAGAAGCUGCGGGACAUCCUCUCCUCGGACAUGAUCAGCCCCCCCCUGGGUGACUUCCGCCACACCAUCCACGUGGGCAGCGGCGGCGAGAGCGACAUGUUCGGGGACACCUCCUUCCUGCAGGGCAAGUUCCACCUGCUGCCGCGCCAUGAGGGUGCCGGUGUCGCCGGCGGUGCCGAGGUGUCACCGUCGCCGUUCUCCUUCUCUCGCACGGCCACCAUGAGCGCGGGAGAGGCGGCGGCGCCGUCGCCGCUGCUCAAAAACGCCAUUUCCCUGCCGGCGCUGGGGGGGCCGCAGGCGCUCACCCUGCCCCCGGCACAGGCCCCCCCGAAGCCCCCGCGCCUGCACCUCGACGAGGCCCCGGUGGUGCCGGGAGGGGGGGAGGCCCCGGCACAGGGGGAGGAGGAGGAGGAGCCGCCCCGGCUCGCGGCGGCCGCCAACGGCUUCGCCGGCGCUGACGGGGAGGAGGAGGAGGAGGAGGAGGAGCCGCCCUUCCUGUCCCACGCCGGGUCCCUGCUGUCCCUGCACGUGGACCUGGGGCCCUCCAUCUUGGAGGACGUGCUGCAGGUCAUGGACAAGCACCAGGCGGAGAGAGGGGGCGGAGGGGCCGUGGAGGAGAUACCGACGUGAGGGCGGAGACGGAUCCCGCCGUGCCAACGCCAGGAGGGGCUUCGUCCUCGGCCCCCGCGGAUUCCGGACAUUCCCUCCACAUUUGGGGAGAAUCCCAACGGCCCCUCCAUCUCCACCCGCUCUCCUAUGGGAACGGGACGUGUCCGUGUCUGCCGGAAUUCCCGGAUUUCGGAGGUUCCCAACCCCUCGGAUCGUCGGGGACGUUCAACCCGCGGCUUCCCAGGAUUCCUUGGGAAUGCCGCCCGCCCACCGGGACAGCUCCGGAGGGAAGAGGCUCCUCUGAGCUUUGCCAAGUUGGGCUUUACCAAGUUGGGAUCUGUUGGGCUUUGCCAAGUUGGGCCUUUCCCAAGCCGGGCUUUGCCGUCGCGCCGUCCCUCCGGAGAAGCCAAAAGCUCCCCGUGGAGGGGCUGGAAAACCCCAGCGGGAUUUCCCGUGUUUUGGGAAAACUGAACCCCCCCCCCGGAAGAGCCGAAGCCCCUCCCAGGCUUUAGCACCGGGAUCGAGAUCGGGAGGGAUUUGAAGCCAAAAAGGAGCCGCAAAAACGACCCCAAAAAAAACCCAAAACCCCCUGAGAAGGGAAGGGGGAGCAGCUGGGGGGGAUCCCAAAAAACCCCCAAACCCCCCGAGGGGUGAAGGGGCAGCAC